AUCGAGUACAACAUCAGAUAUGGCAAACUCGAUGCCGCGUCCACCGAAAUACGUGAAGCAAGCAAAGCAGCUGACAUGGACGAACGCAUCCAGAUAUUCGAUGCAGGUUAUGACACUGUCGUGGGCGAGCGUGGACUGAGACUUAGCGGUGGCGAGAAACAACGCGUCGCCAUUGCACGCAACAUCCUUAAGAACCCAAGUAAGCAAUGCCUUCUGUUUUAG